GUAGGUUAUAGGUUGUAGGUUUUUAGGUUGCAGGUUUGUAGGUUAUAGGUUGUAGGUUAGGUUAGGUUAGGUCAGGUAAGGUUAGUUUGUUUAGGUUUCCCUAGAAAGAAGCACCACCGGGUAUGGCGCCUCUCCCUGGUUGGAAAACCUUCGUGUGACGUCUGCUCUACUAAUACCCAAAAAGGAGUGGAAAGCUGAAUGUAAAGUGGAAGUGUCUUGUUCUUGUAAAUGGCAGCUGCCAACCACAGCUUUUUUCUUAACACCUUUUAAUCUGCAGCUGCCAAGUUUUGGCUCUGUUUACUUGGAAUUUAUUUUUGGGAACCCUGCAAAAUAAAUAAGCCAAAUCUGGGGAUAAAAUAGGAAUUGGGGGUAGGUUAUGUUUCCUUAGACCCAUGCUAACAUUCCUGGGCAAUGCUACCAGUGCCUGGCCACUCGGAACAGUGUGAGAGCUCCGCUCUUGGCCCGCUGGAUAUAUGGUGCUUAACCCAAACCAUCCAACCAGCCCCACGCUAAUAAAAAACCUAAUGGGCAUUUAGCCCCACUUUUCAGAUGCCCCUGGAUCCACCCUUGCGUAUGCUUCAACUAGCCUGCUCUCUUGAGUCAGAUAAACACACAAUUCUGCUACAUGCUGUCUGAUUUCUGCUGUAGGUAUGCCAGCCCUGCCCCAUAACAGCAUGACUGAUCUUGUAUCCUCUUCUACCUUUACCAGGAGAAGCUUCCAGGAUUUGCUCCCUCUGUGCAAAUCAAGAUCAGCUCCUGGAGAAGAACUUUUAUCUUUGUUGGCUUGUCAUGGCUCAGGAUAGAAAAAGAAAGAAUCGCAUUUCACUUUGCAAGUUUCUGAAAUCUGAAGUAACUCGUAGCUACUUCCUUCAACAACAUGAAGAGCGAUAUGAGUUCAAAAGGGAGCAAAUAUACACAUUUAUGAAGAUCCCUAGAGAGAUUGAAAAAUUGAUUGGCUAUGGAUUUUUCCAGGUGGUGGACGCGUUCCUGUUCAUCUUCACGUUCCUGCCGCUGCGUUUUGUGCUGGCCGUGUGGGCGCUGGCUACCAGACCUCUGCUGGGAGCCAUCGGAUUGAGGCGGCAGGGCAGCCACGGCCAGUGGCUGAAGCCCUCGGAGAUCAUCGACCUGAUGAAGGGCCUGAUCGUCAUCAUCACGUGCCGGAUGAUGGCCUUCAUCGACACCUCCAUGCUGUACCACGUGGUGAAGAGCCAGUCCAUCAUCAAGCUGUACAUCUUCUACAACAUGCUGGAGGUGGGCGACAAGUUGAUGUCGUCCUUCGGCCAGGACUCUCUGGACGCUCUGCACUGGACGGCCACUGAGCCGCGCCGCCGCAAACGGCAGCACCUGGGCACCCUGCCACACUUCUUCCUGGCCAACGUCUAUGUCUUCAUGCACAGUAUAUUGAUUCUGUUUCAAGUCACUGUGCUGAACGUUGCCAUCAACUCCAACAACAAGGCCCUGCUCACUGUCAUGAUGUCCAACAACUUUGUCGAGCUGAAAGGCUCCGUGUUCAAGAAGUUCGACCGCAACAACCUGCUGCAGGUGGCGUGCAGCGACAUCCGUGAGCGGUUCCAGUACUGCAUCCUGCUCAUGCUGGUGGUCGUGCAGACCAUGAAGGAGUUCGGAUGGAGCGAGGCCCAGCUGUGGGUGCUGCUCCCCGACUGCGCCAUGGUGCUGAUCGCCGAGCUGUUUGUCGACUGGGUGAAACACGCCUUCAUCACGCGGUUUAACGAGAUCCCGGCCGACAUCUACCGAGAGUACACCCUAACGCUCGCCUACGAUCUCAUAGCCAGCAAACAGAAAUAUGCCUUCAGUGACCACUCGGACGUGGUCAGCCACCGGAUGGGUUUCAUCUCGCUGCCGCUGGCCGCUCUCACGGCACGCAUUCUGAUGCAGUCGGUUCGGCUCAGCGGCGCCGCCUCGUGGCUUGUGCUGGCCGCCGCCUACCUGGCGCUCACCGCCUUCCGCGUGCUCAACACCAUCAUCAUACUGGGCAAGGCGUGUGACCUGAUUGACACGGAGGCGGCCGAGCCGUCGGGCGCGGCGGCGGCGGCCGCGGCCGAGGCCCGCUCGCGGCACGUCUCCGAAUGUGAGCCUGCCGCCGACAGCUCCAUGGCCGAGCCCUACAACGUGUUCCGGGAGUUCUCACCACCGGAGCCCGUAGACGAGGACGAGGGAGAGACGGAGACGGUCGGAGCGGAGUGCAGGUGCGCGGCGCACGGCGACGGAAGGUGCCAGCCGGCCGCCGGCGCGUCGUGACAUGACUCGGGGGGGGGGGGGGGGGGAGUGCCGACUGUGUCGGCGGGUCAGUGCCUGAACCUGUGGUAACCGCGGGGACAGAGUCGUGAAAUAUGGAGGAUUGUUGAUUUUUAUUGGGAUAAGACAUGCGUGCUGUGAACUGGAAAUACAGAUGUUUUUAUUUGUGUACUUA